AUGAACCACAGUCUUAUCUUGACCAUCCUAUCCUGUCCAGACCAUUCUUUCCUGUACUGUCCAGACCAUCCUAUCCUGUCCUGUCAAGACCAUCCUGUCCUGUGCUGUCCAGACCAUCCUAUCCUGUCCUGUCAAGACCAUCCUAUCCUGUCCUGUCCAGACCAUCCUAUCCUGUCCUGUCCUGUCCAGACCACCCUUUCCUAUCCUGUCCUGUCCAGACCACCCUUUCCUAUCCUGUCCUGUCCAGACCACCCUUUCCUAUCCUGUCCUGUCCAGACCACCCUUUCCUAUCCUGUCCUGUCCAGACCACCCUUUCCUAUCCUGUCCUGUCCAGACCAUCCUAUCCUGUCCUGUCCAGACCAUCCUGCCUGUCCUGUCCAGACCAUCCUGUCCUGUCCAGACUAUCCUUUCCUGUCCUGUCCAGACCACCCUUUCCUAUCCUUUCCUGUCCAGACCAUCCUGUCCUGUCCAGACCAUCCUAUCCCAUCCUGUCCUGUCCAGACCAUCCUAUCCUGUCCAGACCAUCCUAUCCUAUCCUGUCCUGUCCAGACCAUCCUAUCCUGUCCUGUCCAGACCAUCCUAUCCUGUCCUGUCCAGACCAUCCUGUCCUGUCCAGACCAUCCUUUCCUGUCCUGUCCAGACCAUCCUAUCUUGUCCUGUCGAGACCAUCCUAUCCUGUCGAGACCAUCCUAUCCUGUCCUGUCGAGACCAUCCUAUCCUGUCCUGUCCAGACCACCCUUUCCUAUCCUGUCCAGACCAUCCUGUCCUGUCCAGACCAUCCUAUCCUAUCCUGUCCAGACCAUCCUAUCCUGUCCAGACCAUCCUAUCUUGUCCUGUCCAGACCAUCCUAUUCUGUCCUGUCCAGACCAUCCUAUCCUGUCCUGUCAAGACCAUCCUAUCCUGUCCUGUCCAGACCAUCCUAUCCUGUCCUGUCCAGACCAUCCUAUCAUGUCCUGUCCAGACCAUCCUGUCCUGUCCAGACCAUCCUAUCCUAUCCUGUCCAGACCAUCCUAUCCUGUCCUGUCCUGUCCAGACCAUCCUAUCCUGUCCUGUCCUGUCCUGUCCAGACCAUCCUAUCCUGUCCUGUCCAGACCAUCCUAUCCUGUCCAGACCAUCCUAUCUUGUCCUGUCCAGACCAUCCUAUGCUGUCCAGACCAUCCUAUCCUGUCCUGUGUUGUCCAGACCAUCCUAUCCUGUGUUGUCCAGACCAUCCUAUCUUAUCCUGUCCAGUCCAGACCAUCCUAUCCUAUCCUGUCCAGACCAUCCUGUCCUGUCCAAACCAUCCUAUCCUAUCCUUUCCAGACCAUCCUAUCCUGUCCUGUCCAGACAUCCUAUCCUGUCCUGUCCAGACCAUCCUAUCCUGUCCUUUCCAGACCAUCCUAUCCUAUCCUUUCCAGACCAUCCUAUCCUGUCCAGACCAUCCUAUUCUAUCCUGUCCAGACCAUCCUAUCAUGUCCUGUCCAGACCAUCCUAUCCUUUCCAGACCAUCCUAUCCUAUCCUUUCCAGAACAUCCUAUCCUAUCCUGUCCAGAGCAUCCUAUCCUGUCCUUUCCAGACCAUCCUCUCCUAUCCUUUCCAGACCAUCCUAUCCUAUCCUUUCCAGACCAUCCUAUUCUAUCCUGUCCAGACCAUCCUAUCCUGUCCUUUCCAGACCAUCCUAUCCUAUCCUUUCCAGACCAUCCUAUCCUGUCCUGUCCAGACCAUCCUAUCCUGUCCGGUCCAGACCAUCCUAUCCUGUCCUUUCCAGACCAUCCUAUCCUAUCCUUUCCAGACCAUCCUAUCCUAUCCUUUCCAGACCAUCCUAUCCUGUCCAGACCAUCCUAUCCUGUCCAGACCAUCCUAUUCUAUCCUGUCCAGACCAUCCUAUUCUAUCCUGUCCAGACCAUCCUAUCAUGUCCUGUCCAGACCAUCCUAUCCUUUCCAGACCAUCCUAUCCUAUCCUUUCCAGAACAUCCUAUCCUAUCCUGUCCAGACCAUCCUAUCCUGUCCUUUCCAGACCAUCCUCUCCUAUCCUUUCCAGACCAUCCUAUCCUAUCCUUUCCUUUCCAGACCAUCCUAUUCUAUCCUGUCCAGACCAUCCUAUCCUGUCCUUUCCAGACCAUCCUAUCCUAUCCUUUCCAGACCAUCCUAUCCUAUCCUUUCCAGACCAUCCUAUUCUAUCCUGUCCAGACCAUCCUAUCCUGUCCUGUCCAGACCAUCCUAUCCUUUCCAGACCAUCCUAUCCUAACCUGUCCAGACCAUCCUAUCCUAUCCUGUCCAGACUAUCCUAUCCUAUCCUGUCCAUCCUAUCCUGUCCUGUCCAGACCAUCCUAUCCUGUAAUUUCUCGUUCAUUUUAA